AUGCAAGAGACUAAAGAUGUAAAAACUCCUAAAGGAUUAACAAAAGAUAAACAAAGAGUCCGUUAUAAAGAGUACCAAUGUACAUACCCUGGAUGUAACGAAGGAUUAAAAACUAAAUAUAAUUGUAUUUCACAUAUUUGGGAUAUUCAUUUAAGAUAUCUUAAUGGAUCAAAAGAGUCAUUUAAAUCAAUUGAAAAUAAAGAAGAAAUUAAAAAAUUGUGUAUUCCUUUUCUUAAGUAUAUUACAAAUGCAGAAACUGAAAGAAAAAGAAGGCCUUAUGACAUGGGUGAUUUAACUAAUGGAGAUAUUGCAGAACAACAAACAAUGAUUACUCCAACCCCUUCAGUUAUUCCACAAUUUGUUAUUAAUAAUAAUAUUACUCCUCCUCAAAGCAUUUCACCUCAAACAUUAAGUGGUAUUUCACCAGAUUUUAUUAUGACAACAAGUCCAAAUCAAAUAUUAAAAAGUGAUCCAACUUCUCAACAAAAUUCAAGUUCAAUGGAAAGUAAUAGAACAAUGACUAUGUAUACUACAAAUCCAAUUGGAGCAGAUGAAAUCAAUUAUAUUUUAACUCCUGAAAUGCAACAACAAAUUCAAACUGCACAAACAAUAAAUCCAAAUAUUAAUCAAACGACUCAAAUUCCACAACAAAUUAGUUUAAAUCCGAUUGCUUAUCAAUUAUUAACAAAUAAUGAAGAAUUCAUUAGAGUUUAUAUGAUUAAUCAAAAUAUUAAACGUCUUCAUGUUGCUGGUGAAGUAUUUGCUGAAAAUGGAUUUUUACAACGUUCAGAUAGAAGAAGUAAAAAAGAUGUUAAGAAAAUUUCUGAUGCACUUAAUACUAUAUUAAUGGUUACUGGUAAGUCAUAUAAAUAUUUGAAUGAUGAUAAAACUCGAUUUGGUUUUAUUGCACAAGAAUUAAAAGAAGUCAUUCCUGAGGCUGUUAGAGAAGAUGAAGAUGGAUCACUAUCUAUUGACCCAUUAGCUUUAUUACCAUUUAUUGUUGAAUCAUUAAAACAACUUGCAUUUCAAUUAAAUAAUCUUGAACAUAAAACAGUAAAUAGUAAACAAUUUUGUAACAAUGUUAACCAUACUUUAGAUGUUAUUAACCAAGUGAAAAACAAAAAAGAAUCAAAUAUCUCUUUAGGUCCAACUGAGUUUGUAUUUCCAACAGCAAUGUUCUUUACUAUUACUUCAUUUUAUAUAUCGUUAGAUGGAAGAUUCCCAUUUAUAUGGGCAUAUUCUGCAUUAUUAGCAACUUGUUAUUGGAUUUCAAAUAGACUAUGUUCAAAUGGAAGCUGGAAUGAUAUUUCAGUUAGUCUUAAUUUUGCAUUAAUAAACCUUGGACUAGUGUCUGUAGCAGUAACUUUUCUUAUGGGUUCUGCACUUCAAAUAUUCCUUGGUGUAUAUAUUUGUGUAAUGUUAUUUGUUUGGGGUGGAAGCCAAACUAUUAAAGCUUCAUUUGUAAACUUUUUUAUUGUAUCAUUUGCACUCUCAUGUAUUGCAUGUUGGAUUGUAUUUAUUUACCAACCAACAUUUAAACCAAAAGUAUCUACAUUAAUGCAAAGAAGUCCAGACCUUCCUGACUAUGUUCAAUUUACAGAUCCUAAACAAGUACAAUUCCAAUUAACAUCAGAAGUUCCUUGGAAUUGUUUAGAUCCUCAUCUAGUUGCUAAAGGAAGAAGAAUGCAAUUUAAACGAGGAGAUACUCCUUUGAUUACCUAUGCUGAAAAUGCUGAAGAGGCAAGGGGGGAUAAAGUUCAAGUUAAACUUUCAUGUUCAUCAAUAGAGUACCAGUGCGAUGAAUUUAACGUUGCACAAGAUCACCAAAAUGUAUGUCUAUUUGUAGAAGACAAUGACUAA